AUGGCACCCAAAGUUGAUCGAUUUCGUAGCAAUCAGUUGUACAAGUUGCUUUCGACACAUCCAUUGAAUCCGGAUGAGUUACUACAGCAAGUCAACACAUUGCUUCACCAACAACCUGAUUUGGUCGAGAUGAAACAUCCCAAAGAUGGAUCUUAUCUUCACGUCGUUUGCCAAAAUUUCCAUCAACAAGAAGACAUCGCCUCCAGAUUGAUUUACGCAUUAGCCAAUGCUGGUGCUGACCCCAAUGUGCCCGACGGAGAAGGAAACACACCACUACAUAAAGUUUUCAAACAAGGAGCUGCUCAUCACAGUUUCCACUUAAUCCAGGCACUAUUUCGAAUUGGUGUUGAUCCACGUCUUAAUAACUACGAUGGUAAAUCAGCCAGUGCGUAUAUUCGGAAUAAUCAACUCAAAGCUUUCUGCAAAGUCUAUGGGGAAGGUAUCUGGCAUGCCAUCGAAACGGUUAAUAUUGAAGAAACUGCACGAUUAAUGAACGGCUUUCUCAAAAUCGAUUGUAAACACAAUUCAAACAAGACACUAUUGGAUAAAGCUCGCGAUUUGAAUUCUCCUCCUAUCAUCGAUAUUCUUGCUGAUUAUCAAGUAACAACUGAAUUUGUCCACUCCAUCCUUGCAUUCGAUUGGGAUCGAGCAAGUAUUAUCUACGAACAUGAAAAUAAUUUCUUAAAAUUCAACGCACGUGACUCAAUUCAUCGAUUUACUUCACAUCAUCGAUAUUCCAAAUCAUUACUAGACUAUUGUCUUGAAAGUCAAUGUUCAAAACCAUUCGAAAUUCUCUUUCAAUCGCCGGCGAUCAAAAUCGAUGUCAACAUUUUAUGUACAGAUGGUUUGCCCUUCUUCUUCCACUGUUUCCAACCAUUCAUUUCCAAAGAAAUUCGCAGUAACAUUCUUUUAAAUUCCAAUAUGUUAACAAAAUCAUCCAAAGGCGAAACCUUUCUCUUUCACCUGAUGCGUUUAUACACCUCAGAAGUCAAUCCGGAGUAUAUUACUCUUUUCAAAGCAAUUAUUAUUAACAAUCCAUUAUUAAUUGCGCAACGAAAUGAAGAAGAACGAAGCAUUGUCGAAGUGAUCGAAUUAAGCACAUCGAUGAACACGUAUAAGAAACUACAACCAUUCUACGAAGCAGUUAAACAUCUUCUCGUUUUACAUUUAAAAUCAGAUUUGAUUAUCGAACAGCUGAUUUUGAACUCCUUCGGUUAUGAUCUGGUUAUUUACUGUCGAAAUAAAACGUUACUAAUGACGAAAUAUGUUUACCGACUACUACGGAAUUUAAAAUCCAAUCGUGGUUUUACUGUUUGGAUAACAAGUUUUUUGCAUGCAGUGGUUAUGAAUGAUUUAACUCGAGUAGCAUAUAUUUUAAGCCUGAAGAAAUGUAUUCAUCAGGCGAAAGAUUCAUUCGGACGAACCGGAGCACACUUAGCUGUUCUUCAUCAACGCUAUGAUAUUUUAAAAUUUUUUACUGAGAAAUAUCCGAAUAUAAUCAAUAUAAAGGACAAUAUGAAUCGCACAUCUUAUCAUUACGCCUGUUUGAUGAAUGAUACGAAAUCUGUGGAGAUGCUUGAACAAGCCAAAGCAAUCCCGGUAGUUGAUUGUUGGGAUUUCUCUCCAAAGGAUUAUCUUCUUAAUCGUGACUAUUUCUUGAAACAAUUUCAAAUCGAAGAUUUUGCCAAAGAUGAAAUCCAACGGCAAUCCGUAGCAUUAAGCAAUUUCUUGAAAAUCGUUUUCUAUUCCAAUCUGAAAAAAGCAACCGAAACGAACUCCACCGAUGAUAUUAAAUUACUUCAUUAUGAUAUAACGAAAAUGGGCUACCAUCUAAAAGAUCUCAGACCGACCUCCCAAUCGAAUGAUUACGUACAAGGCUACCGAUACAUCCCCCUUCUAUUCAUUGGACUCGAACAUCGUAGUAUACCGGCAAUAAAAACCUUGAUUCGAUUGGGCCUACCGGUGACGGGAGAAAUUCAAAUAAUGAAAAGUCAAAUGAGCCAACACUUCCGAUCGAAAUACUUUCCAACUCAGCCCAAUCUGCUUCAAGAUUUUGAUAUCAUGGAAAUGAUUGAUAAUAUUACGGAUGAUAAUGAAUUGAAGGAUGCAUUUAAACAAGAUUUAACAGUAAUAGAAGACGAUAUCAAUGAACUGGUGAUCAAAACUGAACAUGAAAAUAAGUUGAAUUUCAAGAAAUUCGCGAAAAGACGAAUGAUUCUAAGCAAUUUGAUAAAAGACAAUAAAUCAACGAAAAACGACAAUCCCCAAUCGUGCAGUAUAUUUUGA